UCAGAUGUGCUUAGAAAAAUGUCGUGUUCAACACUACAAUUUAUGCUCAUUAAAAUUUGUCUAAUAGUUGUUUGUACUAUCAGUUAAUAGUAUAAAUCCUUAUAAGUUAAGAAUUUCAAACUAUCCAUAAAAGGAAACAGGAGAGACAGGUGCGCGAUUUUUUUUAUUACUUCAAAACGAGGCUGGUGUCUUACUGUACCAGAAACGUCUCUGACUGAACGAAGAUAAGAGUCGGGGAUAUUUCUGCAAUGCAGAACCCAAAUGAAGACACCGAAUGGAAUGAUGCACUACGAAAACUUAACAUUAUCCCUCCAAAAGAGAAAGAGGUGACAGAAGAUGACAUUAUUAACUUAGUUGAGCAGACUGUUCAGCAGAAAACUUCAGGAAAAAACCUAGAUGAAAUGACCUUAGACGAACUCAAUGAAAAAGAAGAUGAAAUUGAUGAAGAAGAGGAAAGACUGUUUGAAGAAUACAGACGAAAGAGAAUGGCAGAAAUGAAGGAGAAACUAAAUUUAUCUAAGUAUGGUGAGGUCAAGGAAAUAACUAAAGCUGAUUGGAUUCAGGAGGUUAACAAAGCUGGUGAUGGUGUAUGGGUCAUUAUACAUGUUUAUAAACAAGGAAGUCCUCUCUGUAGCCUUGUCAACCAGCACAUGUAUAACCUAGCACACAAGUUUCCUGAGACAAAAUUUCUGAAGAGCAUUUCUUCUCUCUGCAUUCCCAACUAUCCAGAUAAGAACCUUCCAACCAUCUUUGUGUACUUUGAGGGAGAACUGAAGAAGCAGUUUGUUGGUCCUGUAGCUCUUGGAGGAAUGAACUUAAAGCAAGAAGAUAUUGAGUGGAUGCUGAAGCAGAUUGGUGCUGUGAAGUCAGAUAUGGAAGAACCACCAAAGCAUGAAAUCCAAGAUAUGAUGAGUAAGGCAGUCAGGGACAGUGUCUUAAAUAAUGAUAGUGACAGUGAUGGUUAUUAGUCAACAAUAAAAUUGUGUGUUGGUAUGUGAGUGCAUGCAAGCCUUCAUUUGAGAUGUGGGCAGGUUGACACAUAUGUACACAAGUUAAUGCAUUUACAAACUUUUAUAUAUGUCACAUGGCAUAGAUAUUUUGCAUUUUAACAAUGAUGCAUAAAACUUGGCCUAUUUAAAUUAUCUCUGAGUGUGUAUAUGAGAGUGAGAGUAUGUGGGCACACUCAAAUUGCUUGCUUCUCCAUAAUGUUUGUACAAAAUUAAUUUUUACACGAUAUUUGGUAUUAUUUUAAUUAUGAAGAAACUAUGCACAAAAAUAUUAAAUAGUAAACUAAACCUUUUUCACAGAUGUGAACAAAAUUGAGAAUGCAUUGUGGAAAAAUGCUAAUCCUAUCCUUCUCCAUUUGCUUUCAUAACCGUAAUGUGAUGAACACAGGGUAUUUACAGUUGAUAAGUAUGUUAUUUAGUAACACACUCACAUAUCAACUGUAGAUCUGCCUCAAAUUCAUGUGCCGUCUGUUAAGUCAGGGUCAUUACCCACUGUGCAAUUCUGAACAUCGUAUUCAUCAUCAUGCUUCUUUUGUACAGUUAUUUUAAGUAUGCCAGUGUUUAUUUGUAUAACCACAUUUUGUAGCCCCUAGGGGCCUGGAUCAUAGUGCCAAGGUUGGAUAUCUGGAUGGAUGACAAAGUAGGUUCCUACUGUCUUAUUGUGAAGAAGUUGAUGAUGGUGUCACCUGCGAAUCAUUUUGGGAUGAUCCACCAUUUGUGUGCAUAUGCCAGGGGUGCCCAACCUACAGCCUGCAGGACACAUCCAGCCCUCAAUUGUGUGUCAUCCGGCCCGCUUAUUUUGAACCAGACCCAACAUAUUUUCUUCUGACAAAACCACCUUGUUCUGGCCUGCGAGAUUUUAUAUCAUUAUAUUAUACCCUUGGAUGAGAAAAGAUUGGGCACCACUGGUGUAUGCUUUUUGUUGCCAAGUUUUGACUGUCACAUUCUGUUCAUUUUCUAAUUAUGUUUGCAUAAAUUGUAUGUGUCAAUAUCAUCCACACGAUGAAUGAAGAUUGCAUGAGAGAGAAAACAAUACUGGGGAGAAAUGACAAAUUCUUCAUUCUAUUGUAUAUUCUGUUAUUACCCUAACACUGGAUCAGUUCUUAGCAAAUAUUUGCCAGAAAUCUUUCUCCUUCUGAUCAUGGUUUGACAAACCUGAUAAUAUAGGGUUGAGGGAAAUUCCAACAUUUUCCAGGUGUAAAAAUCUAUGGAUGUUUAGAAAAUAAAGCAGCAACAACAAAGGUAUGAGCAGUAAUUUUAUUUUCAGCUGCUAUCGGUGCCUGCUUGGGAAAAGUAAAUGAGACUAGAAGUAUAGGAAUAACGUGUGAAAAAAACAAAGGCAUUAUAAAAGAGACCCAAAGGAGGUUUAUUUGGGUUAAACCUACACUUGGAAGACUGUGAAAUUCCACACUAACAAUGAAAUAGUGCACAUAGAAGAUAUGACAGUUAAUAUAAGUUUAAGAGGCAAUACACAUUUCUUAAAGACAAAGUCUACCUUUUGAGGGACAGGAGCUUAAUUUUAAAUAAAAAUUAGGAUAUAUUGUGCUGUGACCAAUAUGUCUAAGUAUUAUUUCUUAACACUAGAAAUCUAAGCAGCUGUGAAACAAGUUAGAUGCAUUUAUUGCAUGUUUGUUACAAUUUGUAAACUACUUUGCAUAGUGAAAAAUAUUAAUUUACCCAAUGCAAAAGUUAUAAUAAAAGCAAUACUAUAUAAAAAAUUUC